ACAUUUGAAAAAAUCGCCCUAAAUAAGUCUUAAUAACGACAUCAUCCACACCUUCAUCAUUUGGUAGUUCAUCCAAUAUAUCCUUCAAACGCUAAAGAUAUGAAAAGGUGUUUUUCAACAUUCGCGCUACAGGGGCUCGAACCAAGACUACAUGCAAACAUGGUUGCAGUCAACAGUGCUCACAGCACAGGGUUUCUUGGGCAACUAAUUAAGGUCCCAUAAAAUCCAGCAUUGAAAAAUUACUGCUCUCCCAUGGGACUGGACAGAUCCAGUAGUAAUCCCUCUCUAUGCUCCCCGCUAUGCCCAUAUGAAAAAAAUUGCUGAGAGAUAUGCACCGCACCGUUGAUUUUAAUUUUAUAUGAAUAUUUUUCCAACCAUUACGUCAUUGGGUCUAAAGGGGAUUCCCGAAAUUGCCGGAUCCUAUUAUAAUUUAUAUUCAGACGAAUUGAAAAUAUUCCGUUGCGAAGUCCAAGCUCAGUGUCACGACUCACUGGCGCUGCUUUGCUUGUUGCUGAAGUUGUUAACUUCAUUCACUCAACCAAAUAAUCUAGAAAACCAGAUCACAUUAUGGCCAGUCCGCUUUCCCCAGUACAUGGACCAAAGAUUACAGAGGGUCUCCACACACAUCUUAUGUGUCCAAUCCAUCUGGACAUCCUGAAGAAUCCAAAGACACUGGCUUGUCAACAUGUGGUAUGUGAGGAUUGUAUUGAAAAAUGGAUAGAUGCCAAUAAUGGGGAGCUCUGCUGUCCAGAAUGUCGUGUUGCACAGCCGCUUCCUGCAGGAGGCGCAAAGGGGCUUCCCAGUAACUUCAGAAUCGCAAGUCUCUGUGAGUUUGUUGAGAGCAUGAUGAGUAUGCAGGAUAGUGAAGUUGCUGCUUGCGAGGAGCAUUUGAAGAAACCUGUCGCCCAAAUUUGUCUUCAUUGCAAGUCCCCGGUCUGUGAAGAAUGUGUCCAGGUUAGUCAUAGGUCUCACAAGACAGUCCUCAUAGAAGAGUUCUUAAAAGUAAUGGGUGAUCCACUGCCCAAGUUGAUCGGUCAAGCUAAGAACAAACUCAAAGAAAUCUUCACAGCUGUAGAUGUUCUUGAGAAGACAAGAACAGAUCUGAGAGAAAAUUAUAAAUUGGCUAAACAUGAAACAGAUGAUCAUGUGCAUAAGUUGAUGAAGAUGAUGACCCAAGCCCAUGUGAAAAUGAAUGGAGAAAUUGAAAAGAAAUACUCUGAGAAAGAAGGGGCUUUGAUUGCUCAGCUUGAAAUGCUAACCUGUGCCAGAAAAGAGAUUUCUGAACUGAUUGAUUCACAUCAUGCUGGAGGGGACUUGAGCAUGACCAAAUCUGUCAUGACAGCUUCUGGGCAGCAACUGUGGAAUGAACUCACGAAUGUGUUGCAGCAAGAUGUGCCUCUUGCUCCAGGCCAUAACAGUCAGAUAUCAGUUCAGUGGGAUAAGGAUCUUGAAAUUGCUAUCCAGAGGGAGAAUCUAGGCAAAGUUCUGACAAAGCCAGUGCCAAAUAGCCAUCAGACUACCCUUUCUUUGUCAGCAUCCCGAGCCGAUGUCCAGUCAGAAGUCGAGAUUAAGGUUGCUCUUAGAGAUGCUGUCGGCUCUCCUGUAAAGUCCUGUGAUAUAUCUUCUCUAGUUGGCACUGUCUCAGCCCCCGGAAGUUUUACAGGUGUAGUCGAAUUCACACAAGGAGAAGCUAGUUUCGCCAUUGCAUGUUUCACACCCAAGUACAUUGGAAAGUACAGGAUUGAAGUAGAGCUGUUUGGAAAUCCUGUGAAGAAUAGUCCUCUAAACCUGAUAGCUAAGCCAAGAGGAGCAAUGAAGAUCAAUGAAAGGCGUAACUUCAAUCAGCCUCAUGAUAUCAUUCAGCAGGAUGACAACUUCUACAUAGCAGACAAAGGAAACAACCAAGUAGUCAUCAUGGACAAGCAGUUCAAUCAAGUUGGGAAGUUCCUGCCACCAUCUGACCCUUCACUUCCAAAGCUUGAUCCAUAUUCCAUAGUUUACACUGGGAAGACCUUUGCUGUCACUGACCUGAAACAAAAAUGCGUCCUUGAAUUCACUAACUCUACCUUCUUGCAGCGAUUUGGCCAGGGUAUCCUCUCUCAGCCGACAGGAAUAGCAUGUGACAAGGAAGGCAACGUGUAUGUUGCAGAUUCCCAAAAGAAUUGUAUCUUUGUCUUUAACCAACUCAGAGAACAUAUUGCUGUUCUAGGUGGACCUGGUGCUACAAGAGGGCAGUUUGACAAACCUUGGUUCAUUGCUAUGAAUUCCAAAGGUGAAGUGGUCGUCGCAGACAAUGGAAACCACCGCAUUCAAGUCAUCGACCCUACCAAGGAUGAAGUCACCAGAUUGAUUAAUAUCCAUCAUAACCAGAAGACAUGGGAUGUACGGGGCUUGGCUGUGGACAGGAAUGACAAUAUCUAUGUCACUGUCCGCCAGAGUGGCAGCAUGAGGGGCUGGAGUACAGAGACGGCCAUAGCCUAUAGUCCUGAGGGAGUGUUCCUCGGUAACUUCGGAGAAGGUUUUAACUACGUGAGAGGCAUGACUGUUAUUGAAGACGAAGAGAAUAUGAUUGUAAUGAUUGUUGAUGGAGGCAAUUAUCGCAUCAAGGGAUAUCAAAUGUAGCCUCUUUGAUUUGAUCAACCUUUGCCACAGUAUGAAGUGAUACUGAUAAACAUUAAGUCAGCUUUCUUAUUGAAGGUUUGUUGGUGUUCAUACUGUGACAGCUCUCUUUUCAAUUCUUGUUAUUGCCAUUGGUAUCUUCCAGAGCUCAAAUAGAUUUACAUUUGGUAUUAGUGGAUACCCCUCAGCCUACAAACCUCUUAAGAAGAAUAAAACUUCUUAUUUCAGGACAAUCACGCACAUUUUCAUACCUCUGUGCUCACUUGAUUGUCAUUUGGUUGUUUGUCCCAUUUUUUUUUUCUUGCCUUAACCUGCAUAUUAUAUUAUGUAUCAACUGAAUUAAUUUCAAACCUCUGACGAGUUCAGAGAUAUCAAAGACAAAGGGCACACAGGUCAUUAUACAUAUAUGGCUCAUUCUUCACAAUGAUUUACAUCGUAAAUUUAAAAAAAGGACAUUGGAUGGAUUUUAAAUUUGGUGCGUGUAUGGAAAUAGGAUUCUUUUUUUUUUUCAUUUUGGGGCAUCGCUAGGUCAAAGGUUGCGGAGGUCAAUAUUAACCUGAAAAUGGAUAAUUGAGAAACAAAACCGUUUGAAGGUUCAAGUUUAAAAUUGGUUCUUGUUUGCAAGAGAUAAUAUCUGUUGUCCCAGAAUUUAAUUGUAUACAAGCGAAUAUUUUUUUUCUGGUGGUCACUAUACAUGUAAAUCCACUUUAACUUGAAUCCCUAUCCAAGUUACAAUGAUCCGGCUAUACUUAUGGGGGUCAAAGGUUAAAGGUCGUGGAGAUAAUGCUUAUGUGUAAAUAGUUUACUCCCAUUUGUGCAUAUACAUGUACAUAAAUUGUUUAGAAUAUUGAUAAUGAUAUAUCUAAUCAGAUUUUUAAGGUUGUACCAAAGGUCAAUCUUUGGAAUGCUUAUCCUUCAUGUAGCAAUAUUUGAAAAGAUAUUAUUCAUGACAUUAUUUUAUAUUUAAGAAUUUAUGUAUAGAUUUGUAAUUUUAGAUAAUUUGGAAAUGGCCGUUUUUCACUAUAUGCAAUAAAAAAAAUCAUUGGCUGUUAUGCUGACCACAUUGUAACUUCUAGGCACCAAAUAUAUCAGUAUUCUGAAAACCAUGUACUUGUGUUAAAUUUUGCAUUUAAUUUCCAUCUACAUGUAGCAUUCUUAGUCUUUUAAUGUAUGCUCUAUGCAAGUAUCCUGGUUGCAUAGAAUAAAUGACAUACAUUAGGACUGUUUAAAUGCACAAUUCAUUAAUGGCUUUUAGAGAACUGUUCAAUGAGAAUUAAUUUAAUUUUUCAAAUUAGAUUCAUAGACAUAUCUACAUCUAUAGGAGGGAAAAAUAUCUUAUUUUCAGGGUGUUUAGAGCCUAGAGGUCAAAGAUAAUUAUAAUGUUUGAAAAUGGCUCUUUGACAUUUUCUAAUAAUCACAAAUAGAUCAACUCUGCAAUCUGCUUAUUGAUCAUAUGAAAUUAAUGAUCUUAUUGGGGGCACAAGAGGAAAACACAUUAAUUUAAAUAUCAACUAUGAAAGAAAUAACCAAAGAACUGAUAAACAAUCAAAUUCAAACUGGCUUAUGGAUGCAAGUGGGAUUGACAAUAAUUUUAUUAGGAUAUUAAGGCUUAUGAAAGCUUUGGGAGUUAAAUUUCAUAUCUGAAAUACAUUUAGCUAAGGCUUGGAUUUUUACUCUGUAUGUGACAACUCAUUUCAGAAGAUAGGAAGUAUUAUGUGUAUAUGGGCCAAUUACAUCUCUUCUAGUGUUUAAUUAAAGUUUGUAGAAAUGUAAAACAUUAUCUUUAGAGUGUAUUGCAUUUACUCAGAAUACUACCAAGGAGAAAUAGAAAAUGACAGGAAUUAAUGCACGCCAAACUCAAGACAAAAAAUCUUAGUCAUCUGUCCUAUCUCAAGUCAAGCAGUGAACCCUUUUUUUUGCACUUGGCCUCUGCUACUCUAUGCACUUCUGAUUCCAUAAAUGUGUCAAAUGUAUAUUUGUGUACCUUCUUGCUUAAUAUCUAUUCUAUUUUUACAUUUCUUAUUAAAGUGGGCAUACAAUAAAGCCGUCUGUAAAUAUGCUAGAGGAGACGAGUACAUAUUAUAAAUGUAUAAAUGAGGCGUAGUUUACUUGUCAUGUGCACAUAUAUGGGUGUUUGGAUGUUUGUUGAGUAAUUGAUGUGGUUCAAAUAUGAUUGACACCACAUAAAGCUUAUCUCAAGGUCCAGUUUACAUAUAUAGCCUUAACAUUUCACUAUUGCUCAUUUUUUCAUGUCAUCAUGAACAUUCCUUUGAAAAUAUUGCAUCAUUGUCUCAUUCCUAAUGAGCAGAUUGAAAUUGAUAGCCGGCGGCUUGCUUUAAGUCAUAGAUUGUAUUCAGUGCGGUAUAUAUAGAUAUACCUGCUAUAACGUAUUGUCUUGAUAUAAUUGUACUCAGUAUCGUCUUAUACCCCUUUCAUAAUCCCCAUUAAAAUGAAUUAGCCGGCUAAUAGCAGC